GCCUCCAUGUCCUUUGCCCACCGUGGCCGACAGUUGAUUCGGUCAUCAACUUUCCUGAUCCGCCUCAACAGCUGUAAGUCUAAACUUGUAGUCCGUCGGCUGUGCAGCAGCUCAUAGUGAGCAGGGAACAGGGGACUUGAAACUAGGACAGGAGCAGUCUGGCCCCUUUCCUUUUCCAACCACAGGCACAGAUUUGCGACAGGGGGGAAGAGAAGCCGCUGGUCUCAGGCAGAGAGGAGAAGAGAAUUUUCGGGGGAGACUUGCUGCAGUCACUGAGGAAAGAAGCUCCCGGGACACAGAGCAGUUUUUUUUACUUUUACAUUGAGGGAAGAAUAUUCACUGAGCAGAAAUCUCACCGCCUGGAAACAUGCACAAGCGCACAAAGAUAAAGAUUGCCAUCUUCGUGCUGCUGGUGGGUAUGGCCUGCACAUUCACGGCGGUGGUGACGGAUCACUGGGCCGUGCUCAGCCCGCGGGUGGAGAGGGUCAACGAGACCUGCGAGGCAGCCCACUUCGGCCUGUGGAGACUGUGCAAGAAGAACAUCUACAUGAGCUCGGAGAACUACGUUGAGGGGCAGGGCUGCGGACCCAUCAGCCUGCCUGGAGAGGAGAAUUGCACGUACUUCGGGCACUUCACUCCAGGACAGGAUACUGAGAUAUUUGAAUAUAAAACACAGAAAGAGUACAACAUCUCUGCCGCUGCCAUCUCCAUCUUCUGUCUGGCCUUUAUGAUACUGGGCUCUCUGUGCUUGCUGGGAUCAUGUACUGGUAAAGGCAAAGGAAGAGACUACCUCCUCAAACCUUCUGGCAUGUUCUUUGCAUUUGCAGGUCUCUGUCUCUUCAUCUCGCUGGAGGUGAUGCGCCAGUCAGUCAAACGGAUGAUCGAGAGCGAGGACACAAUCUGGAUCGUGUUCAACUAUGGCUGGUCCUUUGCGUGUGCCUGUUCCGGCUUCGUCCUCCUCUUCCUCACUGGCAUCGCCCUCCUCGUCCUCUCCAUGCCCCAGAUGCCCCGGAAUCCAUGGGAGACCUGCAUGGACGCUGAGCCGGACCAAGUGGAGUGACAGCCACGCAGACGGAAGAAUGCAGGAUGACUGUGGCUUUUGGUUUGAGUACAGCUGUGAGAUUCAUUUCAAGAACAAGAGCUGGAAGCCACGGAGCCACGAUGACAGAGACUGGCUCUGGUGGGGUUGGACUAUAACCGUGAUGGGAAACAUACCUUCCUCGAAUUAUACACCAAACUGAAUAUGGGCCUUUUGUCAGAGUUUUGAAUGUUUGCCUUAUCCUCUGUGUCGUCCAGUCCACCACCUCUGUGAGACCAGAGCUCUGUUUGACACGUGGCUUAAAACCCAUCAUACUUCUCAGCAGGCCUGGGCCAAAUGGUAUUUGAAAAAUAUCUGAAAGCACUCUUAGUGUGCUUUGCUUCCCUUUCGCCUCAAAACAUUUACGAAUCGGUUACAAGUCAAUUUUACGUGUCCAGCCUCUUGUUACUUUUCCCAUUUGUCAUCUUCUUGCAGAGUUUGGUUAAAAGACAAAAAGAGAAUUGCAUUUUGAGAACAUAGAAGAGAUACAGUUAUCUGACAACAAUUGAACUUGAUUUUGCAUGUAUGUACUGCAUUAUUUAUGAUAUCUUGUACAUAUGGAAUGUUCUGCUGCUAAAUUUUCUGUACAGUGCCGCUCAUGGAGUCUCUCAGUUACAGUAAGUAAAACAAGUCAAGGUCUACAGUAUUAUGUCGAGUUGAAUAUUUCCAAGAUUUAAAGAUGUCCCAGCGAAAUAAGAAUCUUUGUGGGCAAACAAAGGAUUUUAAAGCAAAGCAGUAGCACAGAGCAUGUUUGUGUGUGUGUGUGUGUGUGUGUGUGUGUGCAUGUGGCAGGAUGAAUGUUAAACACCCUCACAGCCACAGCACAGCACUGACCACGCUGGACAAGGCUCAGUACUAGCAGGUGCACAUUCAAGGCCCUCUUCCUUUUGUUGACUGCUGCCAAACCAAGCCGAAACAGAAAGAAAGAAUUCCCUUUGCAUUUUUCACGUGUCCCAUAUCUCUGUCUGUCCAUGUUACUGUACAAAAGUGUGGACAUAAAAACUCACCACACGGGAUCAUGAUCUGUUCUUGCCAGGUGAAACCCUAUGGAGGUGGAGAAAAUCAGAAACAUGCAAAAAUAGUGUCAGCUCAGCUAUAGUUCAAUUUAAUCUCAAUUCAUUUAGUGCUUUGUUUUAGAACGGACUGUAAUUACCAAUGAAAAUACACGAAAAAUAUGACCUGAUAUUCAAGCCAAUGCUGCACAUCACAUGGACUGUUUUUAAAUUACAACCAUCGAUGAAAGUUGACAUUUUGACUCGCAGUUCCAAAAUAAUUUGACAUGCAACUGUCUCCGGUAUGAAUGAUGAUGUUGGUGGUAAGUUACCGCCCCGCGAACUCAGGUUUUGCUAUGCGAGAUUCAACAACAGCUAGAAAAGUUAAAAAAAAAAUGGACCAGAGCCGCAAACGCAAAGUUCAAAUGGCAUUGGCAUCGGCCAUGACAUAACUAUUCUGUCCAUGUUUGUGAAAGUGAGCAAUGAAGGAGAUAAUGUAUUUGACCUUUCUCUGUUCAGCUGCUCGGCUGUAAGCGAGAGCAGGCAAUGAGCUACUACAGGGCAAAACUCCAGUGAGCUUUAUUUCUAUGUUUCUUUUGUAUGUAAAUUUUCCGAUAACCUUGACUGAAAACGUUUAAAAAGCUGACAAGAAAAAAAAAAAAUCAAACAGCAAAAGUAGUGGCAUCUGCUGACAUGAGCUUUCUAUAUUCUUAGUCUUUCCUAUGCUUUCGACUUUUCCAUUGAACAUAGCAUGCAAUAUAACACGUUUUAGAAUGAAGUUGAUUCUGUGUGUGUGUGUUUGAUAGUAAAAACAUUAAACGUUGAUGAGCUUUAGAAAACGUC